AUAAAAAGAUUUUCUCCAUAUCCUCAUGCUUGUGUUUGUUCUGAUUUCAGGGUACAUUCCCAGCUACCUCGAAAAGGAUGAGCCAUGUGUGGUGUGUGGCGACAAAGCCACAGGUUACCACUACCGCUGCAUUACCUGUGAAGGCUGCAAGGGUUUCUUUCGUAGGACCAUUCAAAAGAACCUCCACCCCACUUACUCCUGCAAAUACGAUGGCUGCUGCAUCAUCGACAAGAUCACCCGCAACCAGUGCCAGCUGUGCCGCUUUAAGAAGUGCAUCUCGGUGGGAAUGGCCAUGGAUUUGGUGCUGGACGACUCAAAGCGGGUGGCUAAACGGCGCCUUAUUGAGGAGAACAGGGAGAAACGCAAAAAGGAGGAGAUGGUGAAAUCCUUGCAGAGCCGUCCAGAGCCCACUGUGGACGAAUGGGACCUGAUCCGGCUGGUGACGGAGGCCCAUCGGCACACCAACGCUCAGGGCGCACAGUGGAAACAGAAGCGCAAAUUCCUGCCAGAGAAAAUUGGCCAGUCUCCGGUUGCCCCAACGUCAGACGGUGACAAAGUGGAUCUUGAAGCCUUCAGCGAGUUCACCAAGAUCAUCACCCCUGCCAUCACUCGCGUGGUUGAUUUUGCCAAAAAACUGCCCAUGUUCUCUGAGCUGCCUUGCGAAGACCAGAUCAUCUUAUUGAAAGGCUGCUGCAUGGAGAUCAUGUCGCUGCGAGCGGCCAUCCGCUAUGACCCGGAAAGCGAGACGCUGACGCUGAGCGGGGAGAUAGCUGUAAAGCGCGAGCAGCUGAAGAACGGAGGGCUGGGAGUAGUGUCUGACGCCAUCUUUGAUCUGGGCAAAAGCUUGGCACAGUUUAACCUGGAUGACACCGAGGUGGCGCUCCUACAGGCCGUGCUUCUCAUGAGCUCAGAUCGCUCGGGCCUGACUUGUGUGGACAAGAUAGAGAAAUGUCAGGAGACUUACCUGCUGGCGUUCGAGCACUACAUCAACUACCGCAAGCACAACAUUCCCCACUUCUGGCCCAAGCUCCUGAUGAAGGUGACUGACCUGCGGAUGAUCGGGGCAUGCCACGCCAGCCGCUUCCUUCACAUGAAGGUGGAGUGUCCCAACGAACUCUUCCCGCCGCUUUUUCUCGAGGUGUUUGAGGACCAGGAAGUGUGACACACGGAGUCGCUGCCAUUACCUAUGGGAAACAGAAAACGGGAGAUGGGCAAAAGCCUCGGAGACACAGGAAGAGUCUCACUGGCGGGAAUUUGCGUUUCUUCAACAUCAAAUUCACAGUUUGCGGUUUAAGAAAAACUGGUCGUAACACGAAAAAAAAAUAAAUAAACCCACACACACCAGCAUAAGGAGAACGGAACCAAUGCUCCUCCUUCUCUUUUUCUACACCUUCUCCUGUUUAAGAAUCGGUGUGGGGGCCCUUCUGUCUGAGCAGCAUCUUUCAUCCAGAAAGAGUUUUUGCCAUUUGCCAAGACACAUCCAAAAAACACACGACAACACUCACACUCAGAGCCACAGUUUCUUUCACCUCAGUUCUUCAGGGCAGCGUUGUUUGUGGGGGUCGGGUUCCCCUCCUUGUUUCCUUUUUUUUUUUUUUUUCUUGUAUGCUUCUUGCAGUGCUCACAUUUGAAGCAGCUUCCGAGCUGAUCAGGACCCUUACAGUAUUAUUUCUGAAAAAAGUGUUAAAACAGUCAUUCAGAAAAAAAAGGGGGGAAUGUCGAUGCUAUUUUACACAUUCUUGUAGGCAAUCAGCGAACACUGCAAGCAGAAACUAUUUUUUAUUUCUUUUCUCCCCCCCACAUUUUGCUGGUGUGCAACGGCGCCGAUGGAAGCAAACGCUACCAGACUGGGCAGCCUGUUACUCAACUCAAUCUGAGCCGUUACUGCUGUUGUUGUUGUUUUGUGAUGGAGCUGCUCCUCAUCCCACUGAAACUGGUGCUGUAUUUAUCUAAAAAAGGCUAGUUCAGUUUGAUUCAAUGAAAUCUACUGUCAGCCUUUAAACAGGAGGCAGACUGCAGCUCCAUAUCUACCUUCUUUUUUUAUUUUAUUUUUUGUCAUCGGACCUACUCCUGUGACUCAGACACACAGACAUGUGCAGGCAGUCCCUCUCACUGCCUAUGCAGCUUUCAUACCGUUGUAUGAAUGACAAUAAAGCGCUUCUCUCUCUGAGGAGUUACCACUCUGAAAGAAGGAAAGGGAAAACGAGACGGCAGGAAGAGGGCAUUCCCUUUGAGAAGCAUAUAAUAGGGGAGCGGAGACAGGAAGAGGAAGUGUGAUGUAAUACCCAGACUGGGGUCAGAAGUAAAUCUUCUACACCCCGUCUUCCUGUCUCGCUCUUCAUCUCACACAUAUUUACAUGGAAACAUACAACCUCACCUCAGUGUAACAUGAAUGCCUCAUUUUACUGUACACACUGCACUGCGGUGUCAAUAUAAAGCCCUAACCUGUAGGGUUUCUACAGGGAGAGUCCUCUCCUCAUGGACUCAGCUAAGCGUGGCCCCUCCAGGCUUACAUACACACUUGCCUUUUUUUAGAAAAAAAUUAAAAAGAGAAAAAAAAAAAAAAGUGAAAGAAAAAAAAAUGUAUGGGAGUCACUGAGAGCAGGUGAAAAGGCCAAGAAGGCUAACAUUUACCUCAAAAAAGCGGACACACCCCACUGUGUCAGGCACUACCUCACCUCUGUGGACACAGGGCAGCUGCCCACAGCCAGACAUACACCAUUCAAGUAGUUGCAUAUGCAGACUUAUAUAAAGACGUGCAUUUUUUUUUUGUUUUUUUUGUUUUUUAUUUGCCUAACAGCACAAAAAACACUCACAGAACACAAACAGACACACAUUCAACUCUCUCACUUGGUUCAAAUGAAAAACCAUUCAAAAAGACAGGAGGGCCGACCACCCUUCUCCAUCCUGCAGGGGGAGUGGUACCAAUGACAUGCAGAUCAUCUCUUCUGUUAUAUGGGACCAAGCAUCAUCCAUUUCUGUAAAAACAGGAAGUGACUUAUAGAAGCAGGAAGCGACGGACGAGACUCGGCCCCAGAACAACGCGCACCCCCCAAUGAAUUGGCAUGCAGAGAACAACCAUCUCCACACUAUCACAGCUCGUCCUGUAAUAUCUGCCACUGGAUAUUGAUGAAUAGAAGAUUUCUCUGAAUAUUGGGCAGCAGUUUAGAUUGGCAAUCAUGUGGAAAAAGAAAGCUUGCUUCACUGUCACUGCUAAAUAAUGCAUACUAACCAUUCAGAUAUUAGAAAAGCUUUAAAAACUUUAAAGUUUUAAAAUCACUUAAAUUCCAGCUAU